AUGAAUGCCGCCGUUCGUGCCCUUCACCAAGUAACCCUAUCCAUUGACUGCGUCAAGAAGCUUCCCCCACUCGAGCCAUACGAAGGUCUUGAUUCUCCUCCCCAGCUCAUGUAUCAAGAUCAGAUUGGUUGGAUCACUAACUACGCAACCAACAACGCCUGUUGCCCCAUUAUCCUCUCAAAUGCCAAAUCCGGAUCUUGGCAACAAAUGCUCAUGAAUAUCGAAACCGUCAAUCGACUCCGUCAUCCAAAUGUUCAACAAGAAUACAUCAAAUGGAGAAGUCAAGAUAUGCUUGUUCGACGUCUGUGGCCCAAAGCUAUGUUUCCGGGGAUGGAUCCUGAUGAGCUUUAUACACAAAUCCGCAAAAAUUACUGCACAGCCGCGAGAAAAUUGACCGGGGAGUUGGAUGAACAGGGUUUGGAUUACGAGAGUGCGCUGAUUCAACUAAAGAAGACAUAUAACAAGAAACUCGCAGCAGCACGUAAAGCAAAGGCGGGUACGGGUAUAGGCGAGUUUCUGGAUCGUAUCUGUGCUAUUAAGGCGAUGAAGAGUAAUCGAGAGGCUGGUGAGAUGGAGGCAGAAGAUGAGUUUGUGGUUGUGGAGGUGGAGGAUGGGGAUGUGGAUGAGGGUGAGGGUGAGGGGAAGUGCGAGGAGGAUGAUUGGGAUAUGCUUUGA